AUGGAUGACCUUCUUUCCGUUGCCCUCAGUGAAGCUGGCCUUGAAGAAUUCCUUACCCCUGCGCCUCCGUCAUCGAAUUCUGUGACGCCCUCAGAAACGGACAUACCGUCUAGCAAUGGUAUCUCUCCUUCUCCGUCCGUAUCAUCUCCACUAACAAAUAUGGAAACACAACCGCAGUCCGUUUCACCCCGAGAUCAGGCAGAAGAGGCGCCACAGUUAGAAGCGUUCUCCAAAUCUACUUCUAACUCCGCGGAUGAUCAUGUGACUAUGUCGUCGCCUUCAACGUCAAAAGUACAGCAUGUAGUUCGGACGCCCGGUGUCAACGUUGUAAGAAAGUUAUCCGCACCUUGUAACUUGGUUUAUAGGCAGACUAGUGGGUCUGUAAAGCCAGGAACUUCAGUAGGAGCCGCUAAACAAGUCAGGAUUUCUUUCCCUGCUGAUUCUGGGACGCCGCAAUUGUUCAAACAAACUGUUUAUACUCCUGAUGGGCCAAAAACGCAAGUCCUGCGACCGUUUAUCAACGAACAUGGCAAGACAGUGUAUCGGGCUGUACGCACGAUACCAGCAUCUGUAAGAGGUCUGGGCUUCAGGAACAGAACAUUUGUGCGAAAUAUUUCUGACAGCACAGGAUUGGAUAGCAGCACUCAUCAGCAAGUUUCCUCAUCAGAAUCUCCUAAGGAACCACAACGGGUUAUAGUUUUUCGCCAGAAUACUCCUGCAGGAACUGUUUUAAUACGGAAGCCGAUUCCACCUGGUGUGUCUCUGUCACGAACGUUUAACAUAUCCAACAACAGAGGAGCUGUAAGACGAUUUGUUGCCCGUGAGCCCGUUGGCCAGCCUCAUUUAUUAACUUCAAGUGCUCUUUCUUCUGCGACAUCUGGAAAUCCUGUUCAGUGCAGAAGUUCUAGUCACUAUUUCCCAUCGGCCUCAACAUCGGGAUCUCACUUGACAUCAGCAGCUCGCGCUGGGGCUGCGUUAUCCAGAAGCAAUCGCGGAGCGCCUAUUCCGGUGCCAGUUUCUGAAGUACGACAGGCUGGUGUAAGAGGUUACUCUGCCAUUCCUGUUCGGUCAACUGUGAACUACUCAUCUUCAUCUCCGAAUCUCACUUCAUAUUCAUCCUACUCACAGCUCUCCACUGAUGGUCUUAUUGCAGAUAGCGGCCUCGAACCUAUCUCCAUAUCUAAUAACGAAAUGCCAGAUGUAAUAUUCGAGGAUCACGAUAAAUCUGCACGGAAUGUAACAAAUUACGCGUCAGAGAUCAAUCAUACUCAUCGCAGACCAUUUUCAAAGCCUAACGAGAGGGGACGUCAUUCACAUCCUGCUAUUGUCGGCUCUGCAUCUGCUACUCUUCUCCAUCACAGAGCUAUGGGGCAUGCUGCAAGAAGACUGCCAACUGCUGGCGCUGAAGUUGCUGCUUCUGUUGGUGCCUUUGAACAUCUUGACGUGAAACGAAUUCUCUCUGGCAAUUCUUCCACCGCUUCCGCAACUAACGUUUCGAUUCCGACACCUACAGCUCCGCCGAAAUCUUAUACAAAAUCACAGAAGGCAAAAGAUGAAAUGCGACUAGCACUGCAAACGGCAACAGAAAAACGUUCAGAAAUAGACGAGGAUGAAGAAAACCUUGGUUAUGCGGAAACCUAUGCCGACUACGUGCCGGCUAAACUUCGGUCAGGAGUUGCACAUCCAGACUACGUUGUGGAAACUGCCUCGCUGAGUAGUGUUGCGCCUCCAGACGUGAAAUAUCAGAUUAGCAUCCCCGAAUAUCUCAUUGACAACGGCUCCAUAUCUGCGCUGCAGUUAGAGGCGGUUAUAUAUGCUUGCCAAAUGCAUCAACAACGGUUACCGAGUGGCGAACGAAUAGGAUAUUUAAUAGGCGAUGGUGCAGGUGUAGGAAAAGGGCGAACAGUGGCUGCAAUUAUAUUUGAGAACUAUCUGCUAGGUCGGAAGCGCUCCAUAUGGUUAUCGGUGUCGUCUGAUUUGAAAUUUGACGCUGAAAGGGAUUUACGAGAUAUUGGUGCUGGCAAUAUAAUGGUCUAUGCUCUCAAUAAAUUGAAGUAUGCCAAGAUUUCUGGGAAAGAAAAUGGUAAUAUUAAGAAGGGUGUGAUUUUUGCUACUUAUUCUUCCUUGAUUGGUGAAUGCCGCGGAGCUAGAGCAAAGUAUCGAAGCCGAUUAAAACAACUUAUUCAGUGGUUUGGCGUGGACUACGACGGCGUAAUCAUUCUAGAUGAGUGUCAUCGUGCUAAAAAUUUGGUUCCAACUACUGGUGCGAAACCGACGAAAACGGGGCGAAUGGUUCUGGAGUUGCAGAAAGCAUUGCCUAAUGCUCGUGUUGUUUACGCCUCUGCCACAGGAGCGACCGAACCGCGAAAUAUGGCAUACAUGACCAGACUCGGUCUGUGGGGUCAGGGACAAGCUUUCCCUGAAUUUAUCAAUUUCAUCAACGCUGUUGAAAGAAGGGGAGUAGGCGCAAUGGAAAUUGUUGCAAUGGAUAUGAAGCAGCGUGGUCUCUAUCUCGCUCGACAGCUUUCCUUUCGUGGAGUAUCUUUCACUGUGCAAGAAGUCCCUUUAUCGGACGAUUUUGUCAGGAUUUACGACGACUCCGUCAAGUUGUGGUUGGAGUGUCGCCGGCAGUUCCAAAAUGUGCUAAGCGCUAUGACUGGUGAGGAGCGUUCUUCCUGCAAACAAUUAUGGGGACAAUUUUGGGCGUGUCACCAACGCUUUUUCAAGUAUCUCUGCAUUGCGGCAAAGGUGGAUGCUUGCGUGCAGAUGGCUCGCGAUGCCAUUAAAGCGAAUAAAUGCGUGGUGAUAGGCCUGCAGUCCACAGGGGAAGCGCGGACGUUGGAAACUCUCGAAGAAAUGGGUGGAGAGCUGACGGAAUUCGUCUCCACUGCGAAGGCUGUUCUUCAAGGGUUGAUUGAGAGGCACUUUCCAACUGACGUAGGCAGCAUUGACAUAUACAGGGAUUUCGACAUUUCGACAGACGACCUCGAUAGAAAAAGACGGAAAUUCUAUCGAAAUGGUGACAACGAUUUUAUGGCGCAACUUGGAUUUAGCUCGUCGGCGCUACGCGAAUCGCCGACUGGACCUCGCGCGAAAAGACCUCGUCCUGAUGAAGAUCAAAACUCCACAACUUCAUCAUCGGGUGACGAAGACUAUGGUGACUUGGACCAAGAUUCCGGACUGGAAGAAGAUGCUGAUGGAUCAGAAGGAGAAUCUAACCUUGAAGAAGGUGAUGAUUGGCUGAAGGCCCUGCUGGCUGAAGCAGCUUCUUCGAGCGAGUCCGACGAAGAUGAUCCAAGCGCUGAAGUUCAGCUUGAUAGUGGCAGUGGAAAUGAGAACAAUGGAGGUGAUCAGAAAGGAAGCGCUGGUGAAGAAGAAUUCAAUCCGUUUAACUGCGAUUUCACAGACGAUCCUUGGGCCUCCAAACAACAAGUGGUGGAAGAUUCACCUAGGAAACAAAACAAAACGAUGUCGUCUGAGGAACUGGAGGAACUUCGGCAACGUCGUCGUGCUCGUCGGAAACGUCGGAAGAAGCGCUUGAGAAGGAUAGCUAGGGAGGCAGAAAUGAAAAAGCGGCGAGAUUUUGAAAGCGAUGCUAUGAAGAGCACGGCGACACAGUUCAUUUCUUCCUCCCGAAUUAUCGAUCCUUUCUCGAAUGAAUGUAUUAACCCUAAAAUGAUAAAGGCGGAGUUGUUGUCUGCGGUGGAACGCCUAGGUCCCUCACUCCCUCCAAAUACUUUGGACCAUCUUAUUGAUCAACUUGGAGGACCUGAAUAUGUUGCAGAGAUGACGGGAAGGAAAGGCCGUAUAGUGACAAGAGAUGAUGGCGAAGUCGAGUACGAGUUGCGUCAUGCUGGUGCUGAUGUUCCGCUGGAACUAAUGAACAUGGAUGAAAAGGACAAAUUUAUGAAAGGAGAAAAAAAGAUAGCAAUAAUUUCGGAAGCUGCUUCCAGUGGAAUUUCUUUACAGUCUGAUCGUCGAGCACAGAAUACGCGCCGCCGUGUUCAUAUCACCUUGGAAUUGCCCUGGUCUGCUGAUAAAGCUAUUCAACAGUUUGGUCGCACUCAUCGGUCCAAUCAAGUAAGCGCGCCCGAAUACGUCUUUCUCAUCUCCGAACUUGCUGGCGAAAAACGGUUUGCGUCAAUAGUGGCGAAACGUCUGGAAUCUUUGGGAGCAUUGACCCAUGGCGAUCGCAGAGCUACAGAAACUAGGGAUUUGUCUCAAUUUAACCUCGAUAAUCGAUAUGGUCGUGAUGCUCUAGAGGUGCUCUUGAAAUCCGUUACUGGCACUCUUAACCCUCCUUUGAUUCCACCGCCAGAGAAUUACAAACCCGGUGAUUUCUUCCAAGAUAUGCGUCUUUACAUGGAAGGUGUUGGUUUGUUGUCGAAACAGAUGAAUACAAAUUCGUAUACUAUUGAACGGGAAGCGGCUACAAUACCCAAAUUUCUCAAUCGGAUUCUUGGGAUUCCUGUGCAUGCUCAGAACGCGUUGUUUCAUUACUUCACCGAAAUUGUUGCAGAGUUGAUUGCACAAGCAAAAUUAGAUGGAACAUAUGACAUGGGAAUCAUGGAUUUGGGAACAGGAGGAGAUCAGGUUCGGAAGUUAGAGACACGAGUAUUCGUUGGAAGGGCUGAAAAGGGCGGUUUCCGUGUCGAAAUGCAGAAAAUUGGCGUUGAAAGAGGAGUCUGCUGGGAUGAAGCAUUCGCUCUGUUUAAAGAGCACAACUCGGAUGAGGACGGUUUCUAUGUUUCUAAUACUUCAAGCAGUGGACGUCAAGUAGCUGUUUUGGUCUAUGGAAUCGGAAAACGCCGUUUUGAUAAUGGGGCUCGACUGUACGCAGUCACUCGUCCUUCCAUCGGUCGAUCACCGAAACUCAUAACUAUGGCAGAGAUCACCAAACGAUUUGUCAAAGUUUUACCGGAUGAUGCUAAGAAAUUGUGGGAGGAUCAGUAUGCAGGAGCUAUUGAUAAUUGCCAUCAUACAUAUUUACAUGGGAAAUGUAAAAGUGAAGCCAUGGGAGUAUACUGCGAAGUUGGUCGAAGGACUCGUACCUAUUUCGUUCUGUCAGGCUCAGUCUUGUCUGUAUGGCCCGUGGUUGAAGAAGUGCUGUCUGAGCGUGAUCGGCGUGCUUCAAGAAUGCAAGUGAUUCGUGUACGAACGGAUCAGGAUCAAAAAAUCGUUGGAUUGUUGGUUCUUCCACAUUUUGUUCGGACUUUGGUGGCUCGUCUCGAGGAGCACUGCUCUCGCUGCUUCGUUGAGGCGAAGAAAGAUGAAAACAGUCAGAAAUCUAAGUAG